AUGGAACUAUCUAUUGCAAAUCUUUUCUCGCUGUAUACAUCCAAUCUCGUGUGGAGCCUUUUCUUAACAUCAACAGCCCUUCAUGCAGUGGCUUUGAUCACAAGCCCAGUGCAAGCAGUGUUGAAGUGGUACCGGCGGCAGAGUAGCGACAGCGACACAUGUCUACCAUACCUAUGUGCGGUCGUGGGGUCUGGAUUAUGGUUGCGAUAUUCCGUCUUCAUCCAGGAUACCAAACUUAUACUUCUCCAGUCAUAUGCUGUCGCUAUACAGAGCUUCUUUUUGUUUGCUCUGGUAUAUUAUCGAACAAAAAAGACUGUCAUUAUUUUCGGAUGCGAGGCAAAAGGUGCUGAUCGUAAAGCAGUCAAUCAAUAA